AUGCACCUAAGGCUAGACGUCGACGUCCAAAAAUUAGAAGUUGAAAAGUUAAAGAAGGAGAAGAAUAAAGUAGAGGAGGAUCUCAAUAGCUUGAAGACGGACUACAAGAAAUUACGAGUAUCAAUGAGAACUUCCGGGUUGGAAAAGACUUCAGAGCAGUGGCGACAGGAAAUCCAGGAAGAAAGAAGAAAAAUCGAUCGGUGGGAAAGAAAGUCCCGAGAGACUCAAGUUUAUCAAGCGGACCUGAAAGCUAGAAUAACAGAACUCGAGAAAUCACUUGCUGCGUAUAGAAGUCAUAAUUUUGUAGUGGAACUAAGGACAAGUCUUUGCAAGAUUGAAGAAUUGAAAAAGAGGAUAGAAGAAUUGGAGUACACAUUACAAGGCUGUAGGCAACGGAUUGAAUCUUUAGAAGGAAAUGAAGAGCGUUGGAGGGAGCAACUUCAUCAUUCGCAGAAUCAAAUUCAGAAUAGGGAUUACAUUAUAGGCAGAGCUAUUGCUCAGGUUCGGGAGGUAGCUGAUCAUUUGCAAAUAAUGGCGGUUCAGGCUGAUGUUUUAAGUGUAAAGUACGAACUAGAAUUGGAUCGGGGUCAGGAUUUAGCUUCAUUGUUGAAAGAAGUUAGAGCUCUGAGCAUUAGGGCAAAGCGAUAUCUGUAA